AUGGGCUCGGAACUUGAGGGGUGCACUGCAACAGGUCUGGAAAUACGCAAUUGUCACAGUGGUCCGACAUCUACAAAAUGCCCGAAUUGCGGACUCGAAUUUGCAUCAAAUCUUGCUGUUGUAGAUCAUCUCAAUGAUCAGACGCAUUCUUGUUGGAACAGAGAGUCCACUUACCGCUUGCCAAUCCCUCCAGCUUUCCAACGGGGAGACAACAACCGAGAAGAAGUCACUGGCCAGUACCAUCCAAAGUCAGGCUACAUUUUUGGACGGGGACGAAAUAUCUUGCAGGAAAUGGAGGAUCACGACUUAGAUCAAAAGCGCCGCAGAGCAAUAAAUCCAUCAUACCCUUUUGUUGAUCAGGCUGAAUGGCAGCUAGCAGAGUUCCUCGUUCAACGGCUGACACAAACCGAUAUUAACAAAUUUCUGAAACUAGACUGGUUCAAAAAUAGACCCAGGCCAUCCUUCAAGAGCGCAGAUCAACUAUUUGGCUGGAUUGAUGCGCUACCAAGCGGCCCAGAGUGGCAAUCAACGACACUCGAGUUUACCAACUACACAACUGCAAGGCCAAUCAAGCUAAUCUGGCGUGACGGUCUCGAAGUCGUCAAAGAUCUCUUUGCAAACCCGAUCUUUUCCAAUCAUAUGAUGUAUGAUCCUCACAUUGUUACCACUGGCUCAGAACGCGAAUAUGGCGAGUUUUUUACAGCUAACAUGGCUUUCGAUAUUCAGAACAACCUUCCAGAAGGUGCCACUAUGGUACCAAUCAUCCUCGCAUCCGACAAGACGCCCGUAACCUGUUACAGGGAUCUUCGACGUAACAUAACCAGGAUGUCGGGAGGAUUAGAAAUGCACCCGGUGUUCCUUACGAUUGCCAAUAUUCAAUCUGAAGUUCGUAUGAAGGCCACCGCUCAUGCAUGGCGCUGUGUUGCAUUUAUCCCGAUUCCGAAGUUUGAUGUUCACGCGGAUUUCCAAACACUCCUCCAUGCUCGCCUGUUCCACAAGUGCAUGGACAUGAUAUUUGCCAAAUGCAAGGUGGCUGCGAGGGUCGGUGAAUACAUGUCGGACUCCAUGGGUUAUAUCCGGCAUUGCUUCACUCCGCUCGUCGCAUAUACAGCUGAUCUCCCUGAGGCACAGCUCAUCGCUUGUCUCAUCUACGACCUAUGCAAACGUGUUGAUCCAUGGAAUGUACCACUCUUCCAACGCGAAGCUAAAGCAUUGCUGCUUAGCGGCGUUCAUCAGCCAUAUUGGAGAGAUUGGCCGCAUGCAGAUCCAAGUCAUUUUUUGCCCGGCGAACUGCUUCACACCUGUCACAAAUAUUUUGGUGACCAUCCUUUAAAGUGGUGCAAGGAAGUUGUCGGGGAGGAUGAACUUGAUGCUCGCUACAAGGCUCAUCAUAAACGAGUCGGAACACGUCAUUUUGGGUCUGGUGUCUCCCACAUCAACCAGAUGACGUGCCGGGAGCAUCGUGACAUUGAACGGACCAUUGUCGCCACAGUCGCUGGUGCAGCAAACACAACCCCUGAUUUCAUCCAUGCCAUUCGUUUCCUCACCGAAUUCAUUUACCAGGCACAGAGCCCCGUGCACACUGACUCGUCCAUUGAUGCUAUGGUGCACUCCCUCCACAUGUUUCAUACGCUGAAGCAAGCGAUACUCGAUGCCGGUGCUCGGAGAGGGAAGAGUGGAACGAUCGAUAACUUCCUCAUCCCCAAAAUGGAGUUGUUUCACAGCUUUGCGGGGUCCAUCAGAGAUCUCGGAGGUUUGAUACAGUACUCAGCGGAUGUUACCAGGAAUUUUACCUUACAGGUCGUCCAAAUUCUCAAUCGUGACGAAACCAUGCGACGCUUCAAUCUUUAUACCCUUUUGCAUUCGCAUGGUACACCGCUCGUGAAUGCCAUCGCAAUCGAAGACAAUAUCGUCACGGAGACAGAUCCUACUUUGGCCUGGAUAGCGCGUGUGCUUCCCGGCAAGCAGAAUCGCUUCCAUGGCCCGCGACCUGUCCGCAACCAUUUUUUGAAGGGAAUACUUUCUGUUGAAGCUAAUGCCGCAUUUCAUGUCACCAUCUCUCCCGAUCGAAAGUCACUUUCUAUCACUGAUCUGCAAUCUAUCUACUCUCUCCCAAAUUUCGGCGCAGUGCUCAUGGAAUAUAUCAAUGACUCGUCCCAAAACACCCCAACAACAGCCUGGACGUGUGCGCGAGAUUCAGUCAGGACAUGGAACAAGUUUCUUGUGAUGCCGAGUCAAAUCGUCCAAGCGUUUCCACCAUCAGAGACCUUCCCUAUGGGCAAUUGCGAUGCAGUUCUCGUGCAAUUGCCUGGCAAUGAUGCUAUUGCCAGGAAAGGUCAAACCCUGCCCCACUAUCUUAAAGACUCACCCCUUCUAUACGUUCAGUACUUUCAGAUCACAGCAACACCUACUGAGGAUGCAAGCGCUGGCAUGUACCGAGUGAAACGCAUCUACCAUCAGGAUGGAACAGGUCGGAUCUUCCGACCUGGCAGCAUCAUUCCGCUGACAGCCGUUACCUGUGCUGUUGAGCUGAUCCCUAUGUAUGGUUCGAAGAUGGAUCGCAUGAUAAAUGCUACGAACGCAAUGGAGAUCUGUGAUGAAUACUACUUGAAUACAUUUUCGGACAAGGAAGUUUUCAAUACAAUGCACAGUGGUUUGAUGUAG